UUAGCAACGAACAUGAAGGUUUACGUGGUGGCUUUGUGUAUAGUGGCUGCUGCCUCGGCCCUGCCGAUGGCCAAGGAAGAAGGAGCGAUGGAGAAGUUCAUAACCACAUUAAGGGAUUGCGUGGAGACCGACACCUUGCUGUGCUUGAAGGAAAAAGCAAUGAAGUACACAGAAAACCUCGCAAACUCUAAGGACAUGAGCGUCGUCGAUGGCAUCUCCUUCACCAGAACUGGAAGCCCCCGAUCAGCCCGAAGCUACGAGCCUCUCCCUGAUGACCCCAAGGCCAGGGAAUCUCAGAUAGAAGAAAGGAUCCUGGACAAUGUGGUUGAUUUCCUGGACAACCAUGCUCUACAGCUGAGAAUGCCCAGGGUUUUCGAAGACGACAACUCAGUUGGUGAUGAGGAAGGUCGUGGUAAGAAGAAGAAGAAGCUCAAGAAACUCCUGCCCAUCCUCGCUCUUAUCAAGCUGAAGCUGGCCGCCCUCGUUCCCUUGUUCUUAGGUAUCAUUGCCUUCGCCGUCUUCAAGGCUUACCUCCUUGGCAAGAUCGCGUUCAUCGCCGCUGCCUUUGGUGCUAUCAAGAAGCUUCUUGAGAAGAAAUCCAGCGGUGGAUGGUCUGAGCCAGCUCACGAAGAGCACGGUUGGGAAAGCGGUGGCGGUGGCGGCUGGGGCAGGUCCCAAGACGCUCAAAGCCUAGCGUACGGUGCCCACGCUAAGCAAGCGUAGGUUUAAAUUAAUUUAUUAAUUUAUUAACCAGCUCCAAAGAUUAGGAGCCUCCAUUUUAUUUGGCUCAUCAAGGGCCUUCAUAUUUUCUUCAUUUAACUUAACCACCGUUUCAUUUUUAUGACAGUGGUUCUUUAUGGAUGAGUGUGAGUCGCGAAUGGUCUUAACUGUAUAUUUUACGUUACAGUAUUUUUUAGAUUUUUCUU